CACAAAAGAAGGCCUCCAUAUUUUUGCUUGUUUUAAAACUCUCUUUUGCUCUUUCUUUCUACAUCGGACAAAUGGGUUGCUUUAGAAAAUUCCUUGUGCCCUGUUUGGCUGUUGUGUUUUUGUUCGUGAUUAGCUUUUGUGAAGCAAAGGAUUUUGUGGUGGGUGGCAGCAAGAGUUCAUGGCGAGUCCCUUCUUCUCCAGAUGAGUACAACAAAUGGGCUGAAAGGAAAAGAUUCCACAUCGGUGAUUCCAUUGUUUUCAGGUACGACGGCAAAAUCGAUUCAGUCCUGCGAGUGACCGAAGAAAACUACAAGAGCUGCAAUCUAUCCAAUCCAAUCCAAUCCUACGACGAUGGGCACACAAGGAUUACGCUGGAUAAAUCCGGGCCGUUUUAUUUCAUCAGUGGGGCCCACGGCCACUGCGGAAAGGACCAGAAAGUGGAGAUUAGGGUUAUCUCCGCCAAGCAUGGCCCUUCCCCGGCUCCUUCUCCGUCGGACGACCACCACGCUCCGGCGCCGGCACCCAAGAAGAGUGGCGGCGAUGGGCUGAGGGCAGUGUUCGUGGUAGGGCUGGCGGCGGCUGCGGUAGGUGUCUUGGCCGUCGUUUAGUAAAUUGGAAAAAGUUCGAUAUUAUUAUGUCCAAAAUUUAAUGGCUUGUGAGACUAUUAUUAUUAUUAGUAUUAUUAU